AUGGAUUCAGUGAAUGCUUGGACGGUUUUGCCUCUUCUAUGCUUUUUUGCCCUCAUCGGGACGACAGAUUCUCAUGUUUUCUCGCAUGACGACGCACGGAGCUUAAAUGGACCAGUAGCGCAAUCUUUUGUUGAUAGAUUGUUCGAAGAAUAUGGCGCAAACAAAUCAAUGAACCUAAAGCAGUUUAGUGCCUUGCUGAAAGAACUUAAAGUUGGUUCCAUGUAUACUACAGGACAGAAAAGCAGUAGUGAAACAGCUAAGGGAAAUGUAGCGACAAAUGGCGCUGAUAAGGUAAGACCACAUGGGUAACAAUAAAUUUUAGGUAGCAUUCUGUUUGUCGAAGUGUUUAAUGAGUUUAGUACAUAACACCAAAACAAACCAAGAAACUAUUAUUAAGCUUAUAGAUUUCUGAUAAGAGAUUUGUUUUGGCGGUCUGGCUAAGAUAUCCUCUUUAUUUUGCUUUUGACUAUGCAAUCUCCAUAAUUCGCAGGCAGUAACCUCAAUGACAUUAAAAAUGAUCGAAGUGUAAUCACGCCGGCGGAAAACCACGCCGGCGAUGCGGUGUAGAUUGUGUUAAGACUUGAUCAUGUAGCUUGAAUCACAUGUUUUUCACUUUCUUGAGUUACGAACGAGCCGAGUCUUGCAAGUUUUCUGAUCGACUCCAUUAUUCUUUGUGUCACUGAACUGAAUCGAUCACACGUGGCAAUAUACCAUUUGGAUCGAAUAAUUAUUAAUUUUAAUCUUGAUGCUAACAGAUUCUACAAUAUCAUCUUGUAAAACUUCCUCUCAGUAUAAAAUGAUGGUUUUGAACGAUAGGCAUACUGGGCAGAUACCUUCGUGCACAGCCUUGUCAAAUACCUUUACGAGUCCCAAGUACAUGGCGUGACUUUAAGCAACACUAGUUACAGUGGUUUAUAUACUUUUGUUUCCAUGUAGGACGUGGCACUUUUUUUUCCUUCUUAACACUAUUGUUUAUUACGACACAAACUUUAAUUAAAUUACUAGGUUUACUGUCCUCCAUUUGAAAUAAUUAAUUUCUAUAAGAUUUACAUAUAUUUUGUAUAAUGCAUGUAUACUACAUCAUGCAAGUGCUUACUUGAUAAACUUAGCUAUGAUGAGUGCCGAAUGAUAAGCACACACACCAAGUGCUACACAGAGUAACAAAAAGCAGUCAUUGAAAAAGCCACUCUCAGAGUAGUUUUAGAACUUCGGGUGUGAAGCAUGAGAAUUGAGCCCUCUAUUUUUUAUGCUGUGGCUAUAUGGCCGUUAACCAGUCAAAGUUUUCAAAACACUAAAUAACCGGCAGUCUGGUAUUUUUAACAAAUUUGGCUUAUCUAAGAAUCACUCUUAGUUUUAAUUCUCCUCAACAGAAAAUAUAUUCUUACGGGAAGAAUUUUGUUGCUGUUAAGAAGAAUUUAGAUCUUCGGAUUCUUCGUCCCCAGAGGAGAAUUAUAAUUCUGUGCAGAAGAAAUAUGAUUCUCGAGACAAGAAUCCUAGUUCUUCCCCCAAGAUUAAUAAUUCUUUUAAGAAGAAACUCGUUUUGCUUGGUUCUUUUCGGAAGAAUUCUUUUUCUUUUCGCGAGACAGAAGGUUCUUUUGAGAAGAAUCUCAGUCUUAAAGGAUCUUCUCGGAAGAAUCCUAGUUCUUUCUCCAAGAUUAAGAAUUCUUUUAAGAAGAAACUCGUUUUGGUUGGUUCUUUUCGGAAGAAUUAUUUUUCUUUUCGCGAGACAGAAGGUUCUUUUGAGAAGAAUCUCAGUCUUAAAGCAGAUCUUCUCGGAAGAAUCCUAGUUCUUUCUCCAAGAUUAAGAAUUCUUUUUAGAAGAAACUAGUUUUGGUUAGUCCUUUUCGGAAGAAUUCUUUUUCUUUUUGCAAGACAGAAAGUUCUUUUGAGAAGAAUCUCAGUCUUAAGGAAUCUUCUCGGAAGAAUAGUUCUGUACAUCCCAAGAAUGAAUAUUCUUCUGGGCAGGACAUAAUUUUUCAAACGAUCUUGAUAAAAGAAUCACUGUUCUUCCCUCAAGAUUAAAAUUUAUUUGACGAGAAUCUCAUCUUAGACUUUUAUAUGAUCUUGUUGGGAGAAUUCUUGUUCCCCUCCCAAGAUUUACUAUCCAUCUGAAAAGAAUCUGGGUAAUCCUUGUUCUUCUUUGAAUACUGAUUAUUCCAAAGAGAAAAUAAUACAUAAUACAUAAUUUAAUAUAAAGGAUAUUGAUAUUACUACAUCUUUCACAUUAAAUUAUUAAUACAACCAAACUGGCAUUAUUAUACUAAACAAUUUAACAUUUCAUUUCUUGGUUGUACGCAUAGAACAACAUAUAUACAUAAAUGUAGAAUAUUGAUAUUAUUACAUCUUUUUUAUUAAUGCAACUAAGUCAGCAUUAAUUCUGCCCAAUAUUAAACGUUUCCAUUUUACACAAGAGGCAUACUUUCUAUAAGACAUAACAUUUAGCAAAAAGGCUGCUGGCUGAAUACAAGUUGUAAUCCACAAAAUGACUGUCACAGCCCUGUCCUGAGCUCUGUCCAUGAAAAAUCUGUGCGACAUGCACAAGAGUAUGGAAAUGAUACACGUACAAAGAGCUUUACUGGUCACUUUGCUUGUAGAUUAGUACACAAGCAUUAUUGUGCUACCUUUUGUAAAAGGCUAAAUGACAGAAUUUAGAGAAAAAGAAAUAAUCAAAUCUGUACUCAAAACACCUAAACUUAAUUUUAUCAUAUCCAGUUUGGUAAAAAUUCAAGGAUGGACCCUUGCGCAAAUUUAGACUUGUCAAUGAUUUAUUGAAUUCAGUGACAUCCACUGAAAUUUAAGGACUCUUCAAAAUCAAGACUGGCCAAAGCAUGGAAAUUAAAAUCAACUUGUCAAGAAACAACUGCCAAAAUUAUAUAUACCUAACCAACAUUAACAAAAUCAGAGUGCAAAGAAAGUCAGUUUUACAGCCUUCCAAUUGGGCAAGUGGUGGCUAACAUAUACUAGCCCACAAGUCAUUUCAACUAGCCCCAAAACCCUUUUUGAUUUGCAUGAUUGAUUACAAUCCUCUUGUAAUUUGAAUUUCCCAAAAAAACAGCACUUGCCUGUCGGGCAAGUUAAGAACAAAAUCACUAGCCCGAUAGCAAAAUCCACUAGCCCCAAGCUAUCAGACAAACCUUUCUUUGCACGCUGAAAAUGUAACUUACCACUCUGACUGUUACAAUCUGUGAUAAAAUAGUUGUCAAGUUGCAAUAUUAAAUUAUUACAAAAAAGUAGCAAAAUUAUGGACACAGGCAUACCAACUAUUGUACCCCCCUAUUCCUUCUCUUUGAUCUCUUUUCUCGCAGACCAAACGUGCACUUUUUGUGCUAAUAAACAACACUGAAUUGGAAAAAGGGGGUAUUGCAUUAAAGUGUGGCAAAUAUUAUUAGUCUCGCUUGCUUUAGAAAAGCGAGACUCUUAAAAUGCGAAGCUUUUUUUUUUUUUUUUUCGGUGGGACCUAGUUUGUAGGCCCCGCGUUCCUACGGAAGACCGUGGAAACUGGGGAUAAGAAUCGUGACGACUUUCAUUGUAUGGAAAUGAGUCUCCUGAUGAGAAUGCAGUUUAUUUCGGCGAUGACUGAAAUGACGCAUGUAAGUUUGGCAAUGACGUAAUUUUCCUCGAAUGGAGGCCCUUGAUUUCGUGUAAUUAUGCACGACAUGCAGGCACAUCCCCAAGCAGGAUGAGAAAAUAUUAUAGCGGAGAAAUCCUUAGGAUUUUGUGGCUUUUUAAGGCGUUACGUUUCUCAGAAUAUUGUCGCAAUUACAGGAAAUGUACGGUUAAAUAGAUUCACUUUGUUUUAUGUAUUUAAUUGAUAGAUUUUCGCAGUUGUUACGAUGUGAAGUCGUGUUGCACUUCAUAAAUACUUGAGAUAUGAAGUAUCCACUGUCACGUAAUUUUUACGUGCGCACGUGCGUAAAAUUUGCGUUCGCAAAUAAAAUAAAGGCAAUGUAUGAAAGGCUGCACGUACAAUUAUGUAAGCGUAAAAGUAGAAACUCGCUUAAUUUGACGUUUAAUCUCAAUACUUUAUGUCUUACCUCUAUUUGAUUUACGUGAUUAAAAUUUACGUGCGUUAACGUGCGGAGCCAAAAACGCAUCAGUGGAAAUCCACCCUAACGUGUCACGGGUAGCUUUGAACUUGACUAACCGCACACUCUACUUGCAGCACUUCGAGUCCAUAGUUAAUAGAAAUCCCAUAUCGAUCUUUUCCGGAACAGGUUGGUCCAAGAAUUCUAUGGCUUGAAAGCGUUGAUUAUUUUGGAACAACUGAUCACUUCAGUGGUCGAAAAAAAAAAGAAUAAUCUUAAUGGGCAAAACUUCAAGGUUUACUGGAAAAUCAGGAUCGAGGAUCGAGGAUCAAGAAAUCAGGGAUCAAGGAUCGGUUAAAAAGAACUUGAAAAUAAAAUGAGUAAAUAAAUCGUGGAUCAGUGAUGAUGUGGGCCGCAGACUGUAGAUAAAUUUCACAGAACAUAACCCCGUUCGCUGUACUGAACGCUAAAUUCAAGUAAACUAAUCCGAGUCUGUCUGAGUCAGUGAUUGUUUUGACGAGAAAGUGAAAUUUUCCGGGAAAAUGAAACGCUUUAUCCUGGUGAUACUGUAAUACAAGAAAAAACUCGUUUAACAGUGGGUUAUUGCAGGGACAGAGAUAUGCAAAUGAGUCACUCGCUGACGCGUAGUAGACGGACUUCGUAAUUAAUUGGGUCCGAACUCGAGAGUGCGAAGAUCUAUCACUUCCGAAGAAGCACGCGCUCUUGAAGUUCGGUGGGAUCAAAUUCCUCGCUGAGAGCGUGCAUCGUUCGGCGUUCGCUGCUCAGACUCAGAGUUUUCUUUAUGGCAAAUUUUCUACAGCACGGUUAGAGGUCUUUAAUACCAAAUUUAAGACACGUAGGAGUCUUUCAAAUAAGUACGAUGGUUAACUUGGGGAUUGGAUUUCAAGAGCCUUUGACUCGUCCAGGCGUUAAACUUGACGAGAAAAUGAGCAAUUACUCUUCUGACUCCGAAAGAUCACGGGGGAUAUACAAAUUCCAGCUUGCUGGAAAGUGAUCUAAAAGUAAGAAAAUGUCAUGCCAUGCUAUUCUUAAGAACCUGUAUGGGCCCAAAAUGGAUGUGAUUUUGACCAUUAGCUUCAAAAUAACAGCAGAAAUCGAGAUAAGAAAACAUAUGUUUUGCCUCCUACUUCGCUGACGAGGUGUAUCGGCUUUGUAAAGCACAUGUUAUUUUGUUUAUUCGUUGCCAUGAAAUGCGUUGACAUUGUUUUUUCACUGUCAAUAGCUCGGUUAAUGCAGCUCGAUCAUACUGAACGAAUUUGCUGGCGGAAGUUCCAUGAAUAACGCAUUAAGUUAAAGAGUUCUCGCCAGAGUGAUGUAGUCAGGCUUCGUGGUGUAGUGGUAUAGUAAAGUCGCAUGUAGUCGAAGGUUCCCGGAAUCAAGUCCUGCUUAAUACCGUUUGUUUUUUUAUCUUCUUUCUUUCUUUUUUUCCCGUUUUUGGCUUGUUUUGUUUGCUUAUUUGUUUUGUUGUUUUUCUAAAAAUAUGUACCUAAAUAACCAUUAUUUAAUAAAAUGCAAUAAACAAAAAGAAAAGUAUUGUGUUUGCAGAGCAAAGAUAGUAUUAAAUAUAUUGUACAUGGAUAAACAAUCUGAAUUUCUAUCAUUUCCUGCAAUGUACUGUCGGAAAACCAGAGUUGAUAACCAUUUGAUCAUUUUCUAAACAAUGUUCCCACGAGUUGACGAUAGGCUUUCUUUGAUUAAGUGUACAUUUGCUUUCAGUACUCCUUAUUUUUCUUGUAAUUGUUGUAUGCACGACCCCACCAGCAAUGCUGAUCUUUUUAUCGUACCAUAAACUAAGGUUCUUACCUACCCACCUACCCACCCACCUACCCACCCACCUACCUACCUACCUAUCUACCUACCCACCCACCCACCCACCCACCCACCCAUCCAUCCAUCCAUCCAUCCACCCAUCCAUCCAUCCCUCUGUUUGUCUGUCUAUCUGCCUAUCUAUCUAUCUAUCUAUCUAUCUAUCUAUCUAUUUAUCUCUCUAUCUAUCCAUCUAUCUAUCUAUCUAUCUAUCUAUCUAUCUAUCUAUCUAUCUAUCUAUCUAUCUAUCUAUCUAUCUAUCUAUCUAUCUAUCUAUCUAUCUAUCUAUCUAUCUAUCUAUCUAUCUAUCUCUAUCUAUCUAUCUAUCUAUCUAUCUAUCUAUCUAUCUCUAUCUAUCUAUCUAUCUAGCUAUAUACCUAUCUAUCUAUCUAACUAUCUAUCUAUCUAUCUAUCUAUCUAUCUAUCUAUCUAUCUAUCUAUCUAUCUAUCUAUCUAUCUAUCUAUCUAUCUAAAAUGCAUGCUGUGUACAACUCUAAACAUUGUACUCUGAGACUGUACGGAGAUAUUAAAAGUAGAUACUAAGCAGCUAUGGAAAAUGUCAUUACUUUCAUGCGAUAUUGAUAUCUUAUAAAACGGACAACAAAUUCAGCAGGAAUACACACGAACUGAAUUUACUGUUAGGCCCCUGAUACCGAUAAAAAUCAUCGCUCAAUUUUUCGAGUGUAGAAUCCCUGAAAGAGUACUCCUCAAUGGAGCAAUAUCAAUAUGUAGAAGGUUUUCAAAGGUUUCACACCGGUUUGAGGCUAAGAUGUGCAGUCUGUCUCUCCUUGCAAUUUUUACUUUUUGAGUAUAUACAUUAUGACAUACAACACUCGUUUUGUAUCCCAAACGAAAAAGUAGUAUAACAGCACCGGGGCCUUUGACAUUAAAACUCAUCUCCAACCAAGCGAGACUCAACGCUACUAAGAGCGUUCUUGUUAAUAUUGUUCUACAGUGUAUGUCAACCAGUCUUAUCACAGAUUGUUGCCUAUAGUCAUGGGAACCCAAGACGCAAUUUAAGGCAUUACUAGUUUCAACUAACUGCUUAAGUAAGAAGCUUUGCUACACCAUUACGAUAUGGUGUACUUCUCUUUUUUCUUCUUCUUCUCCUACAAUAGAUCUUUGACCUGACACCUACACCAUGUACUGUAAUAGCAAAAGGUAACAGUAAAAAAAUACCACUCGUUAAAUGUAGAAAGAUGUGUAUGUUUGUAUGAUAUUGUGGCUGAGGUUUUCUUAUUGAAAUUUCCAUCCACAAUCAAUCCUAAUAAUAGCUUGACACCUUUAUUACUUGGUCUUUAUUAUAUGGCCAUGUCUCAAAAGGACUGGAAACAAAGAAAUUCAAGAAUUAAUUGGCUGAAAUCGAUCUUGACUGCGGCCUAGAUUUUCUCAUCUAGACUGGCAUCUAGACUGAUCUUGUUGUAACAGUUGUCCUCAAAAAGUAACAAACAAAGAGUACGAAAAAAUUGGCUUGUUCCUGUUAAUAAUACUAAAUGGAAGAAUCAGUGGACCUUCACGAGGAAGCAGGUAAAGAAGAUAGGCAAAUGUUGGUAAAAUUAAUUUGAGUCAUGCCCAGGAAGCUAUGAGCAAACAUGAAGUCGAAAUUGAUGUUUUUGUUCCUUUGCUUUCUUGUUUGGCCAUAUAAUAAACAUCUUAUUAACCGAGCUAGGUUGGUCUGUAUGGGAGAAUCUUCACCUCGGUCGCUGGUACAGACCUCACUACGUUCGGUCUGUAAUGGCGACCUCAGUCAAGAUUCUCCCAUACAGACCUCCCCCUCGGUUAAUAAGAGCCAAUUAAACAAUCUCUUAUGCAUGACCUCUUCACUUAACCCUUUCACCCUAAGCAAGCUUUUGGCCAACAUUGCAAACUGGGCAUCCAGGAGGUACGUUUUCUCAUAAAAUUUUGAGAUUAAGAGAAUUUUUCUUGAAUAUAUAAUCUUACCAAUGUGGGUGUCCAAAGAGUGCCUGGACACCCCUCUGGAUAAAACCUUGCUCCAGAGUCAAAAAGUUUAAUACCAACAAAUAUUUUCCUCCCUUAUUGUAACACUGCUCAGUCAAUCAUAAAAGGCCAGUGUGGAGGAAGUGCAUUUUGACGUUAGGGUUUACUUGGUCAGAACAUUAUUGCAACUUACAGCCCAGGAUGGGUUAAAAUGUCUGACUUUACCAAUAACAGGGCCCAUUCUCUACAGGCUGGUUUUCACUAGCGCAUAAGCAUAAGUAUAAGGACAUACACACAUGCAGAAUGGCAUAUUUGACUCACUUCUUGAUACCAGCUCUCCUCAACCCGAUGAUAAACAAGAUGGCGAACGAAGCAUCUGCCAUAUUGCUUUUGAUAUGUUCGCAUAAGGUCUGGGUCAAUGUGACCUAUUUUAGGUCCACGGCUUUGUGCUUAGCUCACGCUUGUGUUUUAUGCCAACCCUGUUUUACAACAUAAGCACAAGCACAAUUCAAGAAGAACGAACUUGUUUGUUUUUCUUGUGCUUAUGCUCAUGCUUAUGCUUAUGUCAACAUAGUUUUCACUUGCUUACACAUGUGCUUGCGCUUAUGCUUAUGCGCUGGUGUAAACUUUGAAGAAAAGAAAAGAAGAUAUACUUCAAUUCUCUCUCAAUUGAUGUUCGCAAGGUUGGCCCAUUAACACUAUUUUCUAAUAUUGAGCGCUACAUUUGAUACAGCGCGUGAAAAAAAAACAGAAAAUAGUGUUUAAAUACGGUAACUUUUCCUGUAAAAAGUGCUUUCCUUGUGAUCCAAAAUGACACUGAACACAUAGAGGUUCUACUUUGGGAGCGCUAUUGUUCUCAGAUCGAUCGCGCGCCAAAACAUGCAGGUAAGCUUAGCUUUUAAACGUGAACAAUCUCAUCAGAAACACAUUCUUCAGAAGCCACUGACCACGAACAACUGGACUUCGAAGUAGGUUAGCUUCAAAAUCGGUGGGAAUUAAAAAAUCACUCACUUUAGGAGUUUGCCAGUACAGAAACUUGGACAUUAGACCGUUAAUCGAGCAAGACUGAAGACCACGUAACAAAUUUAAAAGUCAGCGGAUUUACGGUGCAUUCGUGCCCAGGACGCGAUCGGCCCGAACACGAUGACCCGUCCUCUCGUCGUUCAGAGGCACCUAAUUGAUUCUUCUUCCUGGACUGUUUUUUGUUAGCACAUAAUCAAAAGCCGAAUUGAAAUGUGCUUUACCUUUCGAAGUUAAAAAGCAGGGACAGACCUAGCCUGUGUACAGCCCCCCCCCCCCUCAGCAAAAAUCGGAGAAGGUAUGGCUAGGACAGACUCACGACACACAGGAACUAUUUUUUUUUUCAUCAAAUGAGAUUCAAAAUAUGUACAUGUAAUCAUUUUUUCUUCAAAAAAAAAAAAAAACUCAGAAAAUGCCGGUUUGGUAAGAAGAAUCCUCAUUCUUAUCACAAGGAUUCUCUUUCUUCUUCUGUGAUUUCUGAAAUGGUUAAUCUUCUCAGAAGAUUAAGACAAAAGUAAUUCCUUCCAGAAGAACUCUCUGAUGCAUGACCUGGUAAUAAGAAUUCUCAUUCUGGAGAUAAAAAUUUUCAAUCUUUUUUUAAGACUUCAUAAAAAAGUGGUUCUUCUCAAGAGAUUUGAAUGUAAUGCAUUCUUUUGAGAAGAAAUCUUUCCUGCCUGAUCUCCUUACAAGAAGUUCAAUUCUUAUCACAAGAAUGGCAAUUAACCUAAUUCUUGUAAUAAGAAGAUCGUUUCUUGAAAGAAGAAUAACCAGAAUGGGAAAUUAAGAGUGAAUCCUAACCAAUCCAAACUAUCAUAUGUCGGUUAAGAAAAGUCAAGCGAUCCUGAAAUGCGUCAUGGAUCUCAAGAGUAGCAUUUGGUUUACGCUCAGAAAAACGAAACCAUGUUUUGUGACACUUAUAACUUUUUUCAGGUUGACUGCCGGUCAAGGUUUUUUUAAAAACACUAAAUGACCGGCAGUCCUGUAAUCUCAGUAAAUUUGACAAGUCAAAAAAAUCCAGCUAAUCUAAACUAUCAUAUGCGAUUAAGAAAAGUCAAGCAAUCGAGUUUAGUGUUUGGUUUCCGCUGGGCUCAGAAAUAGAAACCAUGUUUUGUGACACUUGGAACUUUUUUCAGCUUCCUCUUUCCUCUUUCGUCUUUCCUCCUUCCUCUUUCCUCCUUCCUCUUUCCUUGUUCCUCUUUCCUCUUUCUUCCUUCCUCCUUCCUCUUUCCUCGUUCCUCUUUCCUCUUUCCUCUUUCUUCUUUAAUUUCCUCCUUGCUCCUUCCUCUUUCCUUAUUCCUCUUUUCUCUUUUCUCUUUCCUACUGCCGGUCAUUUAGUGUUUUGAAAAUCUUGACCGGCAGUUGACCUGGAAAAGGUUCUAAGUGUCACAAAAUGUCAUGCUUUCAUUUUCUGAGCCCUGAGAGUAAACCAAAUGCUAAACUUGAGACCUAUAAAGCGUUUUAGAAUCGUUUGACUUUUCUUAAUCAACAUAUGAUAGUUUAAAUUAGCUGGUUUUUUCAAUUUGUGAAAUUUACAGAAUUGACAAGACUGCUGGUCAGUUAGUGUUUUGAAAGCCUUGACCGGUUGCCGGCCAUAUAGCCACAGCGCUAUUUUUUAGUCUUUUGGUGGGUAGUUUGCCUAAAGACCAAGGAUUAUUCAUGUCAUCCAUUAUUUACCCAUUACUUGGUUCUUAUUUUUAUUAUUGUAAACUGCUAGAAUUAUUGUUGGUGACUUGCCCUUUGCUGUGGACUGUUUUUGGAGUUUACCCUGUUACAAAACUCCAGAUUUCCCAAUGAGUUUUUGGCCAGUCAUGGCCCCUUGUUGUUGUUUGUUUUAGGCAUGAACAUCUUUUUGGAACAACUCUGUGGAAUUUUUGCUAAAUUUUUUCCUCUUUGUUGAUGUUCAAAUAUGAGGAUGAACAAUUUUUUCAAUUAUGUUCAUUCUGAUAAUUAGUAUUCCAUUGUUUCUGCAGUCAUUCAGCCCCUAAAUGUAUUUUUGGAAGUACUUGUAUCUUGUAGCACAAGGAAAAAGAACCAAUUUAACAAAUAGAAUAAUUUUCUGAAAUUCAGAGCAAAACUGUUAGAAACAAAAUUUCAUAUUUUGUUUGAAUCUCUCAAACUUCACUGGUACAAAGUGAUGGCAAUGGCCUCCUUGAUGUGGUACUUGAUAGUGUGAUUUUCGUCAGUAGAAACUUCAACAUUAUGUGGAUUGAUGUUAUGACCCCUUGCCUGACAGUGCUUGAAAUAAUUAGAAGUUUUAGGGGAUCGGAGUUCUUUGAAUUGUGUUCGAGGGAUCUGACUGCCUCAAUCAGGGCAUUGUUCGCAUUGGAUAUAGUAAACUAAGGCCUGUUCUUCUAACUUCUCUGGGCAGUCUUUGACUUGUGUGGCUUGCUGUCAUAAUGAGUCGAAGGGCUUGUGGAAGAUGUGAACCCCAUGUGUGGCCAAAGAGAACCAAAUUCAUUGAAAUAACAUUAUUGGCAACAACCUAGUAAGCUAUAUCAAGAGCUACAAAUUGCAGCAAAAAGUCGCCUUAUUUUAGAUAAGGAGAUAAUUUGUUGAGGCAUUUUUUGUUGCAGUGUUAUUCUGCCAAAGCUCUGUUUUCCUCCUUUUCCAUUGACUCAAGUGGGCUGAACCAAGAGUCAUUUGAGAAGAUAUGUCCAGCUAUAGUAGAACAGAUUGAAAGUGAAGCAUGUGCAGUAAAAAGUGAGGAAGAAGAUGAAGGGGAAAUAACUCAAAGUAAAACCAAAGGUAAGUAUUUGCUUUUGUCAUUGAUUAACAUUCACACCUAAUCUGCCCUAAACUGUCCAUGUGGAUCCAACGUCCAAUGUGACAUCAGCAUGCCGUUGAAACAGUUAUAGACAACUUCUGUUACCCUCUGUGUCUGCUGGGGACAAGAAGCCCAGGGGUGGGGACACUCCCUCAUGUGGCCUAGGUGGGUAUGUGCUGCUGAACAGGGUGUGGUUUUCAGGGUCACUAUUUUGCGUCUUGAACAGGGAGUCUCUUUGGACUGUAAGUCUUAAAUAAAAGAGUGUGAAGGUUGGAGACACGCGGCCUACAUGAGCGGUAGCAACAAUGUAUUUCCAAAAAAAUUCCAUGCUGUUAGUUUCAUAAACACAUGUGUGUUGUAAGAGUAGGUCUCUUGUCUUAAACAGGGUCAGGUUUUGAAAGGCUCAGCAGCACACCUCUAGCUAAACUACCCUUGAGUGCCCCCCUCACCCCAACCCCCCCCCUUGGGCAAUAAGCAUAACCAAAUGAGCAAGAUUAAGGCAAACAGGCUCCAGAAAACUUCAUAUGACUUUCAAUUCAAACCAUACUUCUUUUGAAGUGACAGGUACAAAUGGUUAGUGGGGUGUGACUGCGACCCUCGUGAUGGGGCCUAUAGGUAUGUUGUCUGCUCUCUUUAAGGCAGGUCUGUGUGCAGUACAGCUGGUAAAACAUGCUGUAAGAUACAAUAUAUAGACACCCAUUACACUGAUGUCUUUUGUAUUUUCUUUUUUAAUAAUGUUAAUUAAUUUGUUUCAAGUAGAAAGGCAUAUUCAUGGCACUCAUGCGGUUAAUUCUUGUAAUGAUUUGUGGCAUCUGUUUUUUUAGCAUGGGGAUUUGGUUUCUUGUCUGUGACCAUCAUUAGCUGUGCAUCUCUACUGGGAGCUUUUGUAGUUCCAUUUAUGAAUAAAUCAUUUUACAAAGUUCUCCUGCUGUUCAUGGUUUCUCUUGCGGUUGGUGUGUUGUGUGGUAGCGGAAUCUUUCAUCUCAUCCCAAGUGUAAGUAUAUGUAUCAGCAAAUUUAAAAUACACGUAUAAAGGUUCAAAUUGUGAUACUGGGGGUAAAUUUCUCUUUCUGCCCUUAGUGUCUCUAAUUAAGUCUCUCAGGUAAAAAUGUGGCUUUUGAGAUUUUCAAAGGGCAACAUGUAGCCCGGCACUUUCCCAAAAAAUUUUGUUUUCAAGUUAAAUUACACGUGUAUGGUUCCUGCAGGAUUUUUGGGUAACUCUUUCCAGUUGCUGGGGAUUGUAGGGGAGUGGGGGGCAGGGAGAAGGCAAGAGAAAAGAUUUUUGGGUUUCAGAAUGUGGGCUUGCAUUCUCUGAAGUCUGAAAAACAGACAAUUCUAAGAGCUGUUAUUAUUAUUAUUAUUAUUAUUAUUAUUAUUAUUAUUAACGAUGCUGUCUUUUAAUUGUGCAUAAUAUUUUUUUAUCAAACCUUUUGUACUUGUCCUUUAUUUAUUGUACGUGUCAUUUUUAAUUUAAAAUCGGCUUGAUUUUUUGUAAUAUACUGUAGUUAGGGCAUUAGUAGGCAAAGAGCCACCUCGUGGAAGUACUGCUAAUAAAAUCAUUAUUAUUAUUAUUAUUAUUAUUAUUAUUAUUAUUUGCACUUUCCUUUGAAAUAAUUAAAGCUUCAAAUUACAGCUGUGGAAAAAUGGUACCUAAUUCACUUGAGCUCUGAAAGGUAGUGAAUGGGGAGGGGAGUGUGCAUGGAUUCCUUGAAAAUUAAUAAAUUUAUCUUUUAAAAAAGUAAUGUCCUAUUUUUGUAGAAAUAUGCCAGAAAAUGAUCUAGAUCCGUGCCUUGUGAUCCUGACACAAGAGUAAUAACCAAAUUAAUAUUGUCAGUGAUUUUUUUUCUCUUUCUCUUGUAGACAUUUGGUUUUGGUCUUGAUGGAGAUAUGUCAUUUUUGUGGAAAUGCCUUGUGAUCGUCAGUGGAGUGUACUUGUUCUUUUUCUUGGAAUAUGUAAUGAAAAUGAUUGUCAGGUUUAAAGAGCAGUCAACAUGUGAUGAUCAUAGUCAAAAUGUAAUGGUGAGUAGUGCUGUGGCAAUAAAUCAAACCAUUGAUUUUAUUUUGUUGAGACAAGUGUGUCUUUAUUUGUACAGUCAAGGUUGUCAGUGGUGUUGAAGAUUAUAAUGAGCAGAAUGUACACAGCAGUUAGGUUUCCAACACCAUUUUCAUUUUUGAAGUGGCUUUGAUAACUGUGCAACAGUUAUUUGUAAAAUUUUAAAUAUACAAUUUUAGCUGGCCAAAAAACGAGAGCUUCCAUUUUUGCAGACUGUUAAAUUUAUAUUGAAACAAUCAAAUUUCAAAUUUGAUUUAUGAUAAAAAGAUGGCAAACUUAAAGACUCCCAAAAAAUUAAAACUUGAGGCUGUAAACCCUUUGAAAGCUCAUUAACCAGUCAGGGAGUGUAACUUUUACAGGUUGAGUACAUCUGCGGUUCCCAAAAUAAUCAACAGCGAUUAACAUAAACUAUUUCUGUGUUUGUUUUGCUUGAUAUAUACACAUGUAUACACACAAGGGGGUGCAGUUGGGAGAAUUCAAGACAGGUAUAUUUGCAAAGUCAAGACAAAGUUGAGGGUUUGCAUAACUUUCAAGAAUUCUCCAAGCCCCUCAAGUUCUUGCAUCAGGCUAUAUAAUAAAAAAAGAAAGUAGUAAAAAAUGUUUUAUGACUCACUGUAUUGCUUUAUUCUAGGAAAAGUUGUACAAAUUGGCAGGCAGUUGGAUAAACUAAUAUGGGGUGGUGAUAACCACAAGUUUUGCAGGUGGACAGAUACUGUACCAGCAGAUGUGAUGAGUCACACUAUAAUUAUAUAUAGCUAUAAUGCACCAUGCAGUCAAGUGACCUCACACUAACUUUGUUCUGGUCAAUUCCCAGUGACACUCUUUUGUAGCCUUUAAAGAGAUAAUAUAGGUGGCAUUACUGAUCUGUCCUUCUGUUUACAAUGUAAGUUACUUGUACAUGUAUUUUGUGAUUAUUCUGGUUCUUUUUGUUAUAUCCAGGACAAUUCAAGGGGUGAAAUACCUGGAGCAGGUAUCGCUGAUGUUCAGCUGCAGCUAUAUAACGUGCAACCCAAUCAUCACCAUGCUCUUCACAAUCACAGCAGAUGUAUCAACACACCUUUACCAACUGUUAAAAUUUUUGAAAAUGGGUCAAAACAAAAUGGCUUUUCAGAUGAGGUAUGUCCACUCAAACAUUUGUUUAUUAGCUUAGUUAUUUUAUUUACAAUAAUAUUAUAAAACUAUUAUUAAUAAUGCAAUCUUUUGUAUGUAUAUGACUGAGUGGGAGAGGGAGGUCGCGCAAUCUGGAACCCUGUGAUGGUGGUAACUAAUAUUAAAGAGAGGGGAAAGGAAAAUGGGAAAAAAUUGCCCUCCAGAUUUCAUUUCAUGAAAAUGACUUUUUAACCCUUUAUUCACUUCCAGACAACCGUGGAGAGAUUAUUGUCACCAUAAAUUUUAAAUCUGUUUACAAAGUCCCAGUGGUGUUACCAUUAAAAAACCUCGUUGGAAGAACGUUUGCGUAGCAUUUCUAAUGAUUUUACUAAAAGACUGGGGUGGUGCGCGAUAUACCAAGUCAAUAUAUGCGCUAUUGUGUGGUUCUGUUGUUUGCAGUUUAUUGUGUAAUUGGGUAAGGGCUAAGCAAUGACGGAAAAAUCUAGUACGGUGACCGGAAGUAAUUUUUUUCUCACCACCCUUUCAUGCCUCUAUAAGUUCAGGUACCACGUUGCUUAAUUUUUAAUAAAAAGUUAAUUGUCAAAUGUAGGCAAACUCGUAGAGGAAAAAAGUUCGUCUUCGUUUGUUGACGUCUUUGUGAAAUUAGGCAUUUUCCGUAUAGAGCGUAUUCACAAGAUGUCAUUGGGGCAAUAUUGGUGUUCCAAAACAAUGAAACGGUGGCGAUGUUUGUGUUCCAAACAAAUCCUGUGGAUGUUUUAAAAAAUUUCUUUUGUUCCCAUAAAUUUGCGUAGAUGCUGGCCACCUGAGCUUGGAAUACGCUCUGUAGAAGACCAUGGUGGGCUGUAGUGUCUAAGUACGUUUGGUAUAGUUGUAUUUUACGUGCUUAGAACUCUAGUGUUUAUUUGAAACAGAAUCGGAAGAUAUCCCUUUUGUCAUUCUUGGAAAUUUCUGAAUGCUCAGUUUUCGAUCGUGAGUUUCGGUGUCAAGCACGACACCCGAGUGAAAAAUACAGCCAAAUACACAAAAUACAGUUGAUGGGAAAGAGGACAUUUCAUAAGGGAUAUCAUCUCACCAAGUGGUGUGAAUUUAAGAUUGAAGAGAGAAAGAGAGAUUAAGACUUUUUCAACGUUUCCUUGCUGUGGGGGUCACUGCAUGGCCUUAACCUCGGGAGAUUACGCCAACAUUUGACAAAUUAUAAGCUAGUUGAAAUAAUCGCGCUAACGAUUUUAAGAACGCAGAUUAAGUUUUAAGCGAUGUUUUCACUGCUAUAGCUGUCGUGGUAUCUUAAACUCUGAUCUGAUUUGAGGCACUGGCGGGUGGCGAAAAAAACUACUUCCGGUCACUGCACCAGAACCUUCCGCAGUCUUUGCUUAAAGACCCUAUUGUUGUGUUCUUUGUGACGUCACUAUAGACUUGCUAUUCACUUGCAGGUAUCGAUGGUGCACCAGCCAAAAAUUGGAUUUUACUGUUAAUUGUUUUUCGUUUUUCACUGUUUGGUCUAAAAGGGUUAAUACUAUUAUUUUUAUAGACACAGGUUUCUUUAGAAAAUGGUAAAGAAACAGUGGGGAAGAAGAAAAUUGCUCCUGUUGCAUGGAUGAUCAUAAUCGGUGAUGGCCUUCAUAACUUUAUUGACGGGCUGGCGAUUGGUGCAUCAUUUUCUAGUUCAACACUUGUUGGUGUUAGCACUGCACUUGCAAUAUUCUGUGAAGAGCUGCCUCACGAACUGGGUAAGUUUAAGUUUCCUGUCUGAAUUUGUGUUGUGUACAUACUACACAUGCAGCCUUCUCAGUUAAAGGAUCAAUGCACAGCGUGGGAUCAUCCAGUUUUGAAUGCAGUCAGGACUGGUUGCUUAGCACAAAAAGACGUGUAGGGGUAGUAACUGGAAUGCAGAAUAUGAUUUUAAAAAAGUUUUAGAUAUAUUUGAUGCCUUGGGAAAAAUUCAUAGGAUGUAUACUAUAGAGUCUGGUAUGUUGAGAUGGAGUGUCAAGUCCUCACGAUCGUGAUCCGGUUUUGAACCAGUGAACUAAGUUACUUUUUGUGCCGAAUCGUUCCUCAGGUGACUUUGCAGUUCUUCUUAAUGCUGGGCUAUCAUACAAAGCAGCAAUGGGAUUCAACUUUCUCUCAGCAUGCUCUUGUUAUCUGGGGCUUGUCAUUGGAUUGUUGCUUGGUUAUACAACAUCCGCUGUCAAAUGGAUCUAUGCUGUUGCAGGUGGAAUGUUUAUUUAUAUUGCUCUUGUUGACAUGGUAAGUGCUCCAUUCUUUAUCAGAUAAAUGUAAAAUCCUCUUAGAGCUAAAUCAUUCUUUUAAUUGAGUUACAGUGCUCUAUUCCGCUGGUCAUUAUGGGUAUUUUGUCUCUUGUGCAACAUUGCACUACAUACGAGUCAAAUUAGUCUUGCCAGUUGCAAUGUAGCCUGCGUGAUUGGCGGUUUGUCUGGUGAUGGGGGGAAAAGUUGCCAAGACGCAUUUGCAAGAAAGGGCAAUACUUUACUGUAAGUGAAUUAAUUGUUGCCCCCUAUCAAAUACACGCCUCUCUUAUGCUUUUAGGUAUGCAUUAGUCACUCAUAUCUAACAAACGACUCCUGUCAAAGAGACGCCACCAUGAAAGUUACUUCAAAAUACUAGAAAUUGAAAAAGCAAAAAAGGAGCAAAAUCGUGCUGUUAUUAAACAAAGAUUGCGCCUUGCAUCUUGUUUAAUGUCAAGUACAUGACAGCACAUGCACAAUGACCCUGAUUGAGUCUGAAUGAAGGUUCUGACAUCGAGAGUGAUGUAAUUUUUGAAAGAGCAAUUGGGCCUAGACUGGAUAUUUUGCUAUUUAUAAACUGUAGAAAAAGCAGUUAUGAGAAUAAACGCCUUUCUCUUUUAAAAGUAUCUUAUCUAUUAAACACCUCCUCUGGGACCCCUAAAAUUAAACAACCGCCCAGGGGUCUUUCAGAUCAUAUUUUAAUGCUAGGUUGCCUUGAGUACAUAUUUUACAGCUUCCUCACAGAUUUCAAACUGGUGUCUUUCUUCAUUGCUUGGCCAAAAAUAUAGUAUUUUUAGCACAAGAUGUUUGUCUGGGCACCCUAAAUUAUUUCUUGAAUGGGAGAAGGACACCUCACACCCCAGCCCUUCACACUGUCUACUCCCAUUAGAAAUUGUCAAUUCUAAUCAUCAUGCGGACAUUAUUAUGACUAUACUGUUAUUCCUUUUUUAUUGCAGUUAGAGGAAGCUUGUGAGAUGUCAGUUAAGAUCGGACAAGGUUCAGUUCGCAAAAGCAUCAAGGCCUUUGCCCUUCAGAACUUUGGCAUGCUGUUUGGUUUUACUAUCAUGUUUAUUUUAGCCCUCUAUGGUGGGGAUAUUGCAAUUGGAUAAAACUAUUCACUUAGAUUAGUUACAUGAAUUUUCUUUCUGAAACAAGAUAUGAAAAUCUUAUAAAACAUCAACACUGAAAAAAAAAUUAACGCUUCUUUUAUGGCGACAUGAGUUUAGGGUUUCAGUUUUUUGGGAGCUGUGUUUAUAACGUUUGACGUGUGUGCAAGGUGAAGGUUGCAGAGAAGAGCAUAAUGUGUUGCAUGUUACGCGUUGCUAGCUAGAUCUUUUGCCGCACUGAUCGUAGGAAAUAGCUGAUGCAGCAAGCUGUUUAGCUAACAGUAUGUUACAUGAUAGUUGUUGGCCUUCCUUGAAGAAUAUAGGAAACAAGGGACAACAAACCUUCUCGGCCUGUAAGUCAAGUAAUCAACCUAGAGUCAGACAGAGAGUUAUUAAACCGGCUGUAGCAGAUAGCAAGUUGAUGUGUAGCGGUAGCAAAAAGCUUCCCUUCAAUCACAUCCUUAUUUAAGAGUUAAAAUACGACCUUAGAUUACGUUAUUGUGACAUUUCACUGUUACUUACAUUUUCACUCAACCAAUUUAGUUUUGUUUUUCAUCUGAAUGUACUUUUGUACAAACCAAAUGUACAUUCUUCUUUAACUUUUUUGAAAGGGUAUACUGUCAUGCACGGGCAAGAUUGUCAUAAAUUUGUUGAAGUUAUAGGCGAACUUGUUCUCUCGCUCCUAGCGGCUUUUGCAACACCUUUAAAAACAAAUGCAGUGAUCAGUCCGGCGAAUUCGUAUGUGAAUGGCCGUUUUCACACUAGAGACGGAUUAUCCGUCUUUAAAAUCUGUCAAAAUUGACGGACAAAUAGAUGUAUAAAGUCAGAGACGUACUAUCUGUCUGACACGAAUUACCGUAAAAUUCCGAAAAUAAGCCCCGGGGCUUAUAUUUUUCAAAGACCCUUUUUGAGGGGCUUAUUUUUUGAGGGACAUAUUCGGAGGGGCUUAUUUACGGAGGGAAAUUUGCGUUUCAAAAUCGAUUGAGCUAGCCUUAUAAAUGGAAGGAAAUUUACCGUUUUUUCUUUCUUUUACUUUGUAUUUGAGGGCAAUUUCCAAGUACAAGCCCCCAGGGGGGGCUUAUAUUUGGAGGGGCGAUUUAACGGAGGGUUUUUUUGCGUUACGAGUUUGGAGGGCUUAUACAUGGAGGGGCUUAUUUUCGGAAUUUUACGGUAUCCAACGGAUAACCCGUCUCAGACGGAUAAUCCUUCUCUAGUAUGAAAACGGCCAAUAAUGUGGCUUAGGGUUUUAUGAUUAAGAAACGUUCCCUUUGGUGUUAAUUUUGGCAGAUUGUCCGAAACUCAUUAACACGAAAAGUCAACCUAAUUACAAUCUUUGGUUAACGGCUUUAAAUAUGUGUCAUUUUUGUGUACAUUUGCUACAAAAACGGUAAAUUUUAGCGGUGUUGUUUUCAUCACUUGCAGCUCUGGGUUCGUCUUUAUCUCGCGCGUGACAGUGCCCCUUUCACUGCAGACAUGCUUGUUUCACUGCAGACGUGCUUGUAAUUUCGCACAAAAUAUUUUAAUAGGCCAUUUUCAUGAUGACGACAUUUGACUAUACAACUACCAGAAUUCAUUUGGUUUUUUCUUUCUUACUGAAAUUUGUCAAUCCCGCUGAGGUUUAAACAACAAUAGCCCUAAUUUGCACGAGAAAACAACAAACGUAAGGAUUCUGGUAGUUGUAGUAAUGAAGGCAUUGGACAAGAUUUGAGGCAAUUCAAGAGGUCCACUCGCUGUCAAACAUCUGUUUCAUGAUGUUUUUGUUUUAUUUAUAAGGAUUUUACUUACCCUUAAUAGGAAACGUUGGCAAGAAUUUUGUAAGCUUUUUUAAUUUAUUUUUUCAAGCUACAGCUGAUCCUCCUGUAAGCGGCCUCGGAAGUUCGUCUGUAAUGAGCUCCCGAGUAAAAUUAUGUUUGAAGGUGGCACUGAAAAUAACUCCAGUUUCAGUUUUGAAACACUUGCAGAAAAUUCAAUAAGUUAACAGAGUAUUGAGUUAAAGAUCUCCAUAGCUUUUGCAAAUUUUCCACCUGUGUAUACGAAUAUUAUUUUAACCCGAGGAUAGACCUCUUUAGCUUGUAUCCCUUUGUCUUCUCAUAAUUUAUGCGUAGAUAUGCACGUGAACAAAACGAAAUUUUAAAGGAACAGUUCCCUAGGGUAUCACCACGUGACCUGUACUGGGAAAUCAAAACAUACAGGCUAAGAGGUCUAUUGAACCAGGUCGCAUAUUUUAGACAUUUGUACCCAGUUCGCUGCUCUCGGAGAACGUGGCUAACUG